AGAUGAUCCAUAACAUGGGUUAUAUAUAUAUAUAUUACAGUCCUAUGUUGUCCCUGCCUCUCUCUCUCUCUCUCUCUGUCUCUCUUUCUUUAUGUUUUUUAUUUUUCAUGAUUUGCUACUAACAAGUUUAUACUGAACAAGGAUUCGUCUUGGUUUAAUAUCACACAAGACAUCAGGCAACUUUAGUGUGAUAAAUAAUAGAUUACAUAAUAGGGUUGCCGGACUCCUUAAAAGAACUCCGGUAUUCACAUUUCACCCAAACACAAAAAGAUCAUGUUUUAAGAUGGUGUGUGCGUACACUUUAUUGAAAAAAUAGAAAUGAAGCAUAUUGUUACUUACAUUAGAUUAUAAGAAACAGCAGAGAAGGGUAACAGUAUAUGCUUGAUCGACCAUAUGAACCACCAAUACUAAGCUGUGACUAAUGCAGAUAGUGGCUAUAUUAAGUGUUAGUCAAGUAAACAACCUACACUUUUUAUUCUACAUAGUAUUCAUCUAUGAUGCUUUGGGGAACUUGUUCAAGGAUAGAAAGCAUCAUUUUCCGGUGUGUGCGUAUAUCAUCCCAUCCUGCACGUGUGUAGUACAAUUAUCAACUCAUUAUUCUGUGUAUUACUUCUAGUUACUGUUGCCUUCCUUAUUAAUAAAAUGUACAUUUCAUUUAAAAAUGUAUAUAGUUACUCCUUGGCAUUCUAUCAUAAUGUACACAAUCAUAUUUUAGGCUGUACCUGAUAUAUAUAUAUAUAUAUAUACAUGUUGUACUUGAGACCCAUAGAUACACAUGUUCUUGAUUAUUGACUUAUUUCAUCAUGUAUUCAAUAUCCGAUAUGACCCUGUUUGUUUUAUGCAAAUGGAUAUU